AACACAAAUUCUUAGCUAUUUAUUCAAUGUAAUCUCAUCCCAUCCCCUCCCCGUCCGCGCACGUUCUCAGGCGGGCCUGCUUCACGCCUGUUACCCAAGACAAUUUGCGAGCUUUUUUAUCAAUCGCCGAUCCGGCCUUUUCCAACGUCCAGAGAAAGCGCGAUUAAGUACACGAAAACCAUAGAAAAAUUUAUAGUAAGCUAGAAACAUGUGGGUUUUUUACGUGAUCUCGCUGCCUUUAACCCUUGGCAUGGUAAUUUUAACGUUGAGGUACUUCGCUGGGCCCGAGGUCCCUCGUUACGUUCUAUUCACCGUUGGAUACGCCUGGUUCUGUUCCCUCUCCAUUAUCAUCCUCGUGCCGGCCGACAUUUGGGCGACUGUAUCACAUCCGCCGGAUUUUAUUGGGAAUGGGGGCAUAUCCUUCUUUUGGAGUUGGUCUUAUUGGAGUACUUUUUUACUUACUUGGGCUGCGGUGCCCCUUAUUCAGGGUUUUGAAGAUGCUGGUGACUUCACUGUGACAGAAAGAUUGAAGACUAGUGUACAUGUUAACUUGGUAUUUUAUUUAAUUGUGGGAUCCAUCGGCCUUUUUGGACUUAUUCUUCUCAUCAUGAUGCACAAGGAUUGGAGUGGAGAUGUUCUUGGUUUUGCUAUGGCAUGCUCAAAUACUUUUGGGCUUGUUACUGGUGCAUUUCUGCUUGGUUUUGGCUUGAGUGAAAUUCCCAAAAGCUAUUGGAAAAAUGCAGAUUGGAUUGUCCGUCAAAAAGUUCUUUCUCAUAAAAUUGCCAAAAUGGCUGUGAAACUUGAUGAUGCUCAUCAAGAUCUUUCAAAUGCCAUUGUAGUAGCUCAAGCAACAUCAAAUCAAAUGUCCAAGCGUGAUCCUCUUAGACCUUACAUGAAUGUUAUUGAUGAUAUGUUAACUCAAAUGUUUAGAGAAGAUCCAUCUUUUAAACCUCAAGGUGGUCGACUAGGGGAAAAUGAUAUGGACUAUGACACUGAUGAGAAAUCAAUGGCAACUCUGAGGCGUCAUCUUCGAGGAGCUAGAGAGGAGUAUUAUCGGUACAAAAGUGAGUAUAUGACCUAUGUCAUGGAGGCCUUAGAACUUGAAGAUACAAUAAGAAAUUACGAUCGAUGCAAUUCUACUGGAUGGAAAUAUAUUUCAAGCUUUAGACCAGUUCGAACUGGAAAAAUUGGGACUGUCUUUGAUUUGAUAGAGUUUAUUUGGAAAUGUAUUUUAAGAAAACAAUUUGAGAAGCUUCUAGCUAUCAUAUUUGGUACAAUGACAGCUGCUAUUCUUUUAGCAGAGGCGACGCUUCUACCUAGUGGAGUUGAUCUGUCUCUUUUUUCAAUACUUAUAAAUUCUGUAAAAUCAGAAGAGGUGUUUGUUCAGCUAUUUGCUUUUGUACCUUUGAUGUAUAUGUGUGUCUGCACAUAUUACUCCUUGUUUAAAAUUGGAAUGUUAAUGUUUUACUCAUUGACACCUCGGCAAACAAGCUCAGUCAACUUGCUUAUGAUAUGCUCGAUGGUUGCUCGAUAUGCUCCUCCAAUUUCAUACAACUUCCUCAAUCUUAUUAGACUUCAUGGUGGGCGCAAAACUAUAUUUGAAAAGCGGAUGGGGAAUAUUGAUAGUGCUGUCCCUUUUUUCGGAGAAGGGUUUAACAAAAUUUAUCCACUUAUUAUGGUUAUAUACACCCUGUUGGUUGCAAGCAAUUUUUUUGAUCGUGUAAUUGAUUUCUUUGGGAGUUGGGCGAGAUUUAGAUUUCAGAACGAGACAGAGGAUGUGGAUGGAUUUGAUCCAUCUGGAUUAAUUAUUUUACAAAAAGAACGAUCUUGGCUUGAACAAGGGCGUAAAGUUGGUGAUAAUGUUGUUCCACUGGCAAGAAAUUUUAAUAGUACUGAUAUUGAAAGUGGCAGCACUAGUACAGAUUUAACAGCCCUUGAAAUGAAGUCGACAAGAAGUUUAGUAACUGAUGGUACCAAGGGAACUCCAUCAAAAUCUUCAAAAGAAGAAGCUCGAAAACACAACACAAGGAGAGAAGACAUGAGCAACAAAUAUACUGCAAUGAGACAACAAAUUAAACAAUCAUCUGGGACAAGACAGGCAGAGCAAAAUAUUGCCUCUGCUAAGGUCUCUUUGCUUGAUGGAGGAAACUCUUCUGGCAACACAACUGGAGGAUCAUCUGGUCUUGCCUCCAAAUGGGAAACAAUGAAGACAGGUUUCCAAAGUUUUAGAGCAAAUAUAGGUGCCAAAAAGUUUCUUCCUCUACGCCAAGCUCAGGAAACUAAACUUAUCGCACGUGCUAACUCAUUGGAGUCCCUUGAUGAGAUAUUUCAGAGAUUGAAACGGCCAUCAUCUUCAGACCAUGAGCUUGUGGAUGAAGAUGAUGAUAAAAAAUGAUAAUAUUUCAGGCCCUGCUAGAUAAUGUAAAGAUUUGCUUGUGCAAAGAACUAGAUUGUACUAGAAACUGGAGGGAGCAGAUGUACAGGUUUCAAGCAGUUUAGCUUGAAGCACGUACCAAAGCCAUUUUCAUGGCUGAAUCCUCUGAUCCAACUGAAGCUGGGGAUAAUUUCUUCUAUAAAGACUUAGAUGCUAGAAGAGGGCAAUUUGAAAAAAGCUACCUUCAUACAAAGGAAAUUUUGGGAAAACUGUAAGUUGUAUCAUUGAACCACACUCUGGCAGCCGCUCCCCAUGUUGGGUGGCAACAAACACAUGGAAUUGUAUAGGAAAAUCUGUCUUUAUGGAGUUAUUUUAUUACGUUUCGUUUUGUUAUAACUGGGUGUAUAGAAGUUGAACGAGAUACAUCUCAACUGAAUUGAAGUUUGAUAGCAUUCUAAUUUCUAUGAAAAGUUAUUUGUCAUUAUAGCAAAAA